UUUAGCAGAGAAACAAAUGAAACACUCAGGCCUGGAGGAUGUUUAGGUUCGACAUAAGGAAAAGCUUUUUGUCUCAGAGAGCUGUCAGAUGCUGGUAUGCCCUGCCCAAGGAGCUGGAGGAGUCGCCGUCCCUGGCAGUGUUGGAGAGGCUUCUGGAUGAGGUGCUGCGAGAUGUGGCUUAGUGCUUGUGGUGGCAGUGGUGAUGGCAGGGCGGUUGGACGUGAGGAUCUUGCAGGUCCUUUCCAAGCUUGUGAUUCUAAGAUUCUCUGCCGCUAGGAGUCGCUGUGGUGCCGCGCAGGGACCUGGACGGCAUCCCGCAGCACCUACACUGCUGCGCGGAGGAAAAACGCCUCAACCCCUUCCUCUUAGGAGAUGAGACCGAGCCCGAGGAGACGUUUGAUUGCAGUUUUAGAGUCUCGGGAAAUCCCAGCCGCUUAACGUCAGAUCCCACAAACUCUGCUGCAAACCCUGUUAUAAGGACAAUCUCAGACGUCUUCUGAUGGCUUUCUGUGUUCUCACACCUCUUGCCUACUCUGCCAGCUUUGGCCACCUGUACCUGUUGCUGGGUGACUGCAUCACACUAUCUGGAAUGAGUUCACAGGUACUCCUUUGAGGUCCCAGCCCUUGAAAUAUGUUGAAACUUUUCCACUGUGCUCAAGGAAAUGACUAAGCUCUUAAAACGGAUGUGGGCAACCCUGCGUCUGCUGUCUGGACUUCUCUGGUCUCUCAUUGUGAACCGAUGGAGGAAUGCAGCCUGCCUCCUCCAGUGUCUGAGCAUUCUCUGUGAAUUUCAUCAGAGCUGGCUUCUAGCCGUGGUGAUGCCCCAUCAGGAUGAGUCUCUGCCAGAUGGGCUCACUGAUAUAUUGCCUUGGACUGCCACUGCUCCCUACUGCAUGACUUUGUGUGCCAGCAUCCCAUCACACAUCUCCUUGCCCAAGCACUGCUUCACCCACCUGAAGACAGAAAGAGGGCUGAACUGGCUGGCCAUCAGCCCUCUGUAAGGAUGCUGGUCUCUGUUGAGGCACUCCACUCACUCCAUGCAGUAAAGCAGAAGUUUGGCCCUGCAAUCACAGCCCAGCUGAUUCCUUCCCUGCCCAGCUGGAGAAGGCAGGCACUGCACUGACUCAGCUUUACCUCUAACAGAGCAGCCAGGCUUUGCACUUAACUUCUGGGGCAGUAGUUCAGUCAAACUGAGGUCUUGUUUCACAAUGUCAAGGAGGGUUAAUACAUUACAAGACUCAAUGACUUGAUAACAUUGAUGGAGAGAGGGGAGCAGCAUCCUGUCUCAGUACUUGAAAGACAAGGAGGAACAUCUUUCUGCUGGGACAGACUACAUGUGAAAGUCUCUUUGGUCUCUGCUCUUCCCAUUCUCUUUUCUUUGGAAUAUGUGUUUUCAUGCACCUUGAUACACUGUGCAAUUGCUGUGAACUUGCCUCCAGCUGGAGCCAGAGAUUUCUGUAUUCCACUACGGACCUGAAGUGGCUUAAUAAGUGAAUGGCUGAUGACGCUCUUGCCUUCUUCAAAAGGUCAAUCUUCCAGAGCCUGCAGCUGGUCCACAGACUUGUUAAAGCAACCAGAUCGCGCAGUAGUGGGAAUGAGGGAGAAACAACCCUCUCCGAAUGUUUAGCCACACCAAAUCACACCUAUUGUGGAACAGAAGACAGAAGUAGCCCAUAAACUACUUGCUGAGUUUCUUUCCUUCUCUCCAGCAGCUGUUUGUUUGGUUAAGGUUUAAGCUGGCCAUGGGAGCUGAAAAAGGCAGAGAAAACCCCAUCACGAAGAGGAUUGAAUGGCUGAAGUCCCUUCCAGUUUCCACUCUGCGUUCUACUGCUACUCUCUGAACGGAUGGCAGGAUGAAUCCAGGGCAGGACACAGCCCAGCUGCUGGCAGCUGAGUUGACUGCAGCCAUACAGCUACAGGUCUGAGCUGGUCCCACAGCACAUAUCGCACGUUGCUGUUGCUCUGAUGUGUCUCCGUAUUCACAGUUGCUAACACAGAGGACUGUUCACUGCUGAGUGAUUUCAGAGCUGUUUGGUGGUGCCUGAGUGUAAGAUUUCGGUGAAGAUUUCUGCUCCUCAUCCAGACGCCACUUGAACGCUGCCAGGGGAGCUACAGGCCUGUCAGCUUGACCUCGGUACCAGGCUGACAAAUGGACCAACUGGUACUGGACCAACUACAGGCUGAGAGGCUCUGCAAGGAUCCUCCUUGCGGCCCUUCUUGUAGAUGGCAUCACAUCGGCAAGCCUCCAACCCUCUGGAACCUCUCCAGAUAACCAGGAGUGCAGAUCAUGGCUUUGGCGUUUUUCUUCGCCUUGUUGGCGCAGAGAAUACCAUUAGUUGGUGAUUUGGAUGUGGACACGCUCGACCGCAUGCAGCAGCGUGAGGUGUAUCUGCAAGAGCAGAUGACAAAGCUGCUGCUGGAGAUGGAAGAGAAGAACAUGGCGCUGAGCAUGGGCACUCAAGCCCUGCUUCGCUGCUUUGUUUUUUGUCUUCCCAUCCUUCUGUAUUUGUUCAUGUGGAUGAUCUGUUCAAAGUUCUAUAGAGCUGAAGACACCGGUGAUGAGAGCUCCAGCAGUGAGAAGGAGCAGGAGGAGGAGGAGGAGGAGGAGGAGGAGGAGGAGGAUGACGGUGUCUUUUCUCUCGAUGUGUUCUGGACAGUCCGAAGCCAUCAAGAGGACUGUGAACUGAUGUACUCGCUGAUGCGUGGCGUCAUGGAUAUAUGCCAAAGUAUGGUAUCAGAUACUUUCUAUCCAGUGCCAGAGCGUCUCAUCAAGGUGGGCAGUACCUUCGAAGGCUGGUGUCCCGUUAGAAACGUACCUGUCUUCAGCCUGCUUGUGCCCCUGUUGCCCCCCCGUGGGCACACUUUCCACCUGGAUCUGGGCACCACAGGGGAGGUACCAGCAACGGACUCCCGUAUCCGUGUAGAGCUGGAAUGCACGUGCGAGAGGGAGCAGGAGAUGCGCAUGCUGUGCUUCCUCCACACCCCCGCCAAAGAGCUGAAAAGCCAGCAGCCCAGCCUCCUGCACAGCCUCUGCACUACGUCCUACUUAGACGCGGAGAAGACUGCCCGCUGCUUCCAGGAGCUGAUCAAAAACGCCUGGCAACGCAUGCAAGUCUCAGAGUUCACCAUGGAGAUAGACACAGUGAAGUCCAGGCGCUCCUGCAGGCUUCAUGUGAGAGAUGUCAACAAAAGAAUCUUCUACGUUGAGUUUGUGUUUGGCGUCCAGCAGGAUGAUACGGACAUCUUUCUGAGCAGCCAUGAGAUAGUGUUUCGUCAUACCCCCAGCACGGUCUGGCCACAGAGCUGUGUUGUGGCAGAGAAAAAGUUCUUGCAGUAUGUAGCCAACCACCCCCGGGGGGGCAAAUUCUACCUCAGAUAUCUGCAACUGUGUGGCUAUCUCAUGGCGAGCCUCAAGUUUACCAUCUAUGACAUGAAGACAGUGAUCAUGCACCUCCUGAAUACCAUUCCUUUGCAAAGGUGGCACGGGAGGAAUUUCCUGCUGCGGAUGGAUGACAUCUUGAACUACCUGUGCUGCUGCGUGGAGGAGAAACGCCUGGACCACUUCAUCGUAGGAAACAACUCGUUGCCUAAGGAGAUUAUCUUGCCAAAAGAGUUCCGAGCUUCCCCACCGCUCAACAUGUUCCAGCACCUGGAGGAGGAACCGGACAAAUACGAGCGGGCGCAGCACGAUUUGGAGGAGCUGCACGAUCGGUUGACAACCACGCUGCUCUAUGGGAGAUGAGAGACGCGCACUGUCCCACGGACGAGCACGCAGGACAUGAGAGGACACUGCUCAGUAGGCACUGGGAAUUGCCGCCCCGAGGUGUUUUCUGUGAACUGGGGCAGCCAUCUCCUAUGGGAUAAAGAAGGUUGUUGUAUUUCUAAUAAAUGGCAAAAGUCAACAAUAACUUGAGCCAGACCUAUACACUCACAAUCGCCCAGCCCUCACAUGUCAUCAGUCUUGGUUACUUGGGAAAACUGUUGUGUUGCGCGGCUGUAAAAGAUGGUAAGCACUUAAAGUCUUUUCUUCCGCACCAAAGCGAAGGAGUCAGCAGCUCUUUCGAGCUUGAGGCCCUCUUGCAACAAUUGGCACCCAAACAGGGACACGGGAAAGAGAACGAACAGGGACCUGAAACUAAACCUGACUUGAAGACUGGCCGGUCUGGAGUGCGUUGAGCAAAACGCGGAGCACGCUGAGACAAGCGUGGCAGGUGCUGAGAAGCGCAGCAGGCGUUGAGAAAAACCCUGGGCUCUCCCUUGUGCUGACAGUUGGCAGGUCCCAUGGAGGAGAAAGGGCAACUGGAGAUUACUCAGAUGGAGGGACGUCACCUGCUCAGUCUGUAGGCUGGCAGAAUUCAUACUGCUACCCUGGGACAACACAGUACUGCCUUUCAUGCCAAUCCCUAAAAUCCUGUACAAGGAAAAUUCACCUUUUCCUUCUG